AGUCAAAGGUUUACACGAGAACUCCAACCAUGUACCUCGACUUUGUGCUGAAGGAAGGUGCAAAGCAUUUGCAGCCUAUUCCUAAAGGCUGGACAGCUUUCAUCUACACCCUCGCAGGUUCUUUAUGCACUGGCCCAGACGAUGAUCUGAAGACAGUUGAGCCACACCACACAGUGGUUUUGGCAGAUGGUGAAUGCGUCAGAGUGGAAAACAAGGCAGCUGAAGAGUCUCACUUUGUGUUAAUUGCUGGUGAACCCAUUAAUGAACCUGUGGUUCAGCAUG